GAGGCAUGACAUGACACCAGGAAGUAACGCCGUUCAAUUGACUACACAAAUAUCGAUAGACAAGGAUACGAACGCAGGAAUUUUGUGCUUUUUGGAUUUUAUUCUCUAAAAUAUACAGCCCGCGACGACGCACAGGGACGCAGAAAGUCCCUGCGACCUGAUUUCCAUCAUUGCACGGAUAAGCCACCGGUUAAGAUGAUGGAUUCUACACUUGCUGAGAUGGGGAACCAUCUCACUGAUGCCAUGAAGAUUUUGGAAAGUGGGAAACUGGAGAAAGAGCAGGUGAAAGAUAAAAGAAAGUUGAGUUGGAAAGACAUCCCGGGACCCUUACAAGGAGAUGGACAAGAUGUUGUAAGCGUCCUACAGCUAGUCCAGAACCUGAUGCAUGGAGAUGAUGACCAACAGAGUCAUCGCAGGAUGCAGUAUGUUGGAGAACAGGGACACAUGGCUCUAUUGGGACACAGUCUGGCUGCAUAUAUAUCUAUUUUGGAUCGAGAGAGAAUGAGAAACCUGACCACACGCAUCCUGUCGGAUACCACUCUCUGGCUCUGCAGGAUUUUCAAAUAUGAAAACGGCUCGGCUUAUUACCACGAAGAUGAUCGUGAUGGGCUUCUGAAAGUGUGUCGGUUUGUUAUAAACACUCAUUACGAGGACUACGCUACUGAGGGCUUUACUGUGCUCAGCUCUAACCAGCCUGUUAUUUACCAAAGUGCUGCAUGCAGACCUGGCCUGGGACAACAUCUCUGCAGUCAGCUGGGUCUACCUCUGUCAAGUCUUUGUAUUGUGCCCUGUAAUACCAUGUUUGGCUCACUACACCAAAUGGAUGUUGCUCUCCUUGACAAGCUCAUUAAAGAUGACCGAGAGGCAGGGAAGCUUCCACUACUGUUGAUAGCAAAUGCUGGAACGCCUGGUGCCGGUCAUACAGACAAACUCAACCGUCUGAAAGAGCUCUGUGCUCAGUACAACAUGUGGCUCCAUGUAGAGGGGGUGAAUUUGGCAACACUUGCUCUUGGUCAAGCCUCCUCGACUGUCAUGGCGGCCAGCAAAUGUGAUAGUAUGACGUUAACCCCAGGACCGUGGUUGGGCCUACCCGCUGUGCCUGCAGUCACUCUUUACAGACAUGAUGAUCCUGCCCUGUCUCUAGCAGCCGGUCUGACAACCAGCCAACCAGUAGAGAAGUUGCGGGCCCUUCCUCUCUGGCUGUCCCUGCAGUACCUUGGUCAUGAUGGGAUUAUUGAGAAGAUUAGGCAUGCCUCGCAGCUAAGUCAACAGCUGUUGGAGCAUUUAAAGACACUGGCUUCAAUAAAAACCUCGGAUAUCCUUGACAGUGAAGUGUCUCUCGUCGAGGCUUUGCACAUGGUGGAGGAUGAACUGAAUUCGCCCGUGGUGGUGUUCAGAUUUUCACAGGAAAACCGUGCACCAUCAAGUGGCGGCUCAAUAGACGAAUAUUUUUCGCAGGAGAAAGAAAUUCUUGAUGCUCUUAACAGAUGGUUGGGUGAGCAGUUGGCACAGCAGGUGCCUAUCUGUGGUGUGGAUGUGGUGGAGCUGGAAGAUGAAGGAACGUGUGUUCGUUUUAACCCCCUCAUGACCGCUGCAGUGCUUGGCACUCAGGAGAAUGAUGUGGCUGCACUGGUGGAGAAGCUUGCGCAGUUGAUUCCCGUGCUGAGUUACACCAUGCGAUUCAGACAGGAUUUCAAAGAUGAGGUGUUGCAACAAGCUUCACUUUCUUACAUUGAAGACCUGAGCUGGCCCGGUUUAGGAGGUGUGAGGUAUGAGCCCAGAAACACAGACCUUGAUGAAGAGAAGAGAGAAAAGAGGGUGGAGAGAGUCAACAGCGACUUGCUUAAGAAACUGAAGGAGCUGGACACAGACUUGAACUUCUCAGCUGGCCCAGAGUUUUGUGAGGAGAAAAAUUGCAUAUUCAUUGAAAUGGCAACGGAAGACCUGGAUGUGGCAGAGUUGGUGGAAACUAUUGUAUGUCUUGGCAGAGACAUUGAGGAAAGUGGAAAGUUAUUUGAGAACAUGACAGAAGUAGUAAGAAAAGGCAUUCAGGAGGCUGAGCUGCAGCUUCAGAAAGCCAAUGAAGAGAAGCUUAUGGAGGAGGGUGUACUUCGACAGAUCCCUGUGGUGAGCUCUGUGCUCAACUGGUUCUCUCCGGUGCAGGCUUCUGUAAAAGGAAGGACUUUCAACCUGGCUGAAGGUUCACUGGACAGCACUGAGCCCGUGUACUCGGUUAAAGCCCAGAUGAAUAAAGAGUCUUCCCCUGAAUCUCCAUCGAGGUCCACCAUCAAACGGUUACCAGGCCAAAAACUUUUCCGGCGUCACAGGGUAGGUUCAGAUUCUAUCAGUGAUACCAGCUCUGUUGGCCAGCUGGAGGAAUCGUUCAGGGAGACGGCACCCACCCAGGCUACUGAUGAGGAUGUGGCAGAGGUCCCUCAGGAGCAUCCUUCACACACAGAAGAGGAAACUGCAUCGUCAGAUCAGCGUGUACCAGAGGGCGAAAACACAGAGAGUCUUGAUAUACUUAGAUAAGAUCAUUCUUAGGUGGAUGUCAGUGCAGUUGAGCUCUGUAUUACAGAGGAAUGUGCAUAUGUGACCUUGAUGCCUUGAGCAAGCCACCUCUAAAAUUAAGGAAUGAAGCAGCUUUAAAUGCAAAACACUGGAAUUUCCUUACAGUACGGUUUAAGUAUAUAUUUCCAAAUCUAACAUUAACUACUUUAAUGAUUAAAUAAGCAAUUGCAGAUUUUUAUAUUUUGGUUAAACUCAAGUGGUCUCCCCAAAAUUCUUAAUGUGCACUGCCACCAUAUCCUUGCUUUAUGGGUGACUAUGGGUUUACUUCAGAUUUCUGGAUGCUUUCCCUUAUUCCAUCUAUAGUUUUCUGGUAUUCUGCACACUUUAUUUACACAUGGAAUAGGGUGUUUUCGCCUUGCCAUCAUGAUUACUGAUGUUCGGAAACGGUUGUCAAAAUGUCAUGUUUGCCAAAAGCUGGUCUGCUUUGCCUACUCUCCGUUGGCAGAGACUUAAAAGUUGUGAUGUUUGAAAGCUCAUGCAGCUGUUUCUAAUGAAAUGACAGCAUUAUUGCACUUUUAUGUACAUAAUGUCACACUUUAAUCAGAACAACUGAAUAUUUAUUUAUUCUUUAAACAAUUCCUUGGAGGACAUUAGGCUAUUAAGAGACACUUGUAACAUUCGCUAUGUUUAAACUUGCUGUAAUUUCAAUGUAAUUCCACAGAUUUCCAUCCACCACUUUUGGCUAUGAAAAGAUUAUACUGCUCUCACUGUGAAGAAAGUUUCAGAGAUGUUUCUUUGAGUAAUUGUUACAUUUUUUUGGAUGUUUAUGAAGGUUAAAUCAAUGUACCCAAAUGAAGAUUCUUAUAUGUUGUUCACCAACGUUGAAUGUUUUAGCACACAAAAUGAAAAAUCGCAUAGGAACAUUGUGUGAAUACUCAUCCAUAAAAAUAUUAUUUAAUCACUACUGUUAGAUUACAUCCGUCCGUCUAUUUUGUGUGUGUGGGGGGGUUGGGGCAUCAAGUGCUCUUUUUGUAACUGUGCUUCCUUAUUUAAUAAUAUAAUUGUAGAUUUGCUUAUCUGUUUCCUUCAAAAUGAUUUUGUUUUAAAUUGUGCAAUAAAUAUUUGGGAUUUUCUUAAGGGAGAGGAGUACUGACUUAAAAAUCAUGUGUCAAAAGCAAGAAUAAAAUGGCUUUUAUAAUUACAAUAAUGUUAUUUUACAAUGAGUUACUGUGUAAAUGACAAUAAAGAAAAUACUACUAAAGCAAGC